GUGGGGGAGGGGCGGAGACCUGCGACUUUUCUCUCCGCCGUAUUUUCCUCCACAACUUUUUUUUUUCUGAGGAGAAAAACUGCUUCCAUCCUCUUCCAAGCGAGUGAAGCUCGGCGUCCGGACGGUGCGGCGGCCGCUGCUCGGCCUCCGAUGGGACGAUGGUGGACGCGUGGAAGCUCUGCGGCCGAGGAAAGUUUUUGGGAAACUUGGAUUUGAAGGCCCCGCGGCUCUUCCUCACCAUGGAAACUGAGUAGACCCGAGCAGAAAAGCCUUCCGACGGCUGUCCCCUGCUGAUUUAGCCACACAGCCUCCAGUCCCGCUCGUGUUUUUUACUUUUUUUUUUACUUUUUUUUUCCGACUUUUCUCCAAGAUGUCUUCCCCGCCGCGGAGCCCCAUUGUUGGCUCCUCCGGGAGGCUCCUGCUGCUGGCCGUGUGCUUCACCUCCGCGCUGGCCAUCCUGUCCAAGAACGGCAGCUUUCUGGAGGAGAACUGCAAAAGAAGCGCGACCUGUGAGGUUCUGAAGUACAACUCGUGUUUGGGCUCCCCGCUGCCCUACACACACACGUCGCUGGUCCUGGCCGAGGACUCCAGCACACAAGAGGAGGCUCUGGAGAAGCUGACCAUGUGGUCCGGUCUGCGCAAUGCGCCACGCUGCUGGUCGGUCAUCCAGCCUCUGCUCUGCGCCGUCUACAUGCCCAAGUGCGAGAACGGUCGGGUGGAGCUGCCCAGCCAGGGUCUCUGUCAGUCCACCCGUCGCCCGUGCAGCAUCGUGGACCAGGAGCGUGGCUGGCCCAACUUUCUCAAGUGCGAGCAGUUCCCCGUCGGCUGCCCGAAUGAAAUGCAGAAGCUGCGCUUCAACACCUCGGGUCAGUGUGAGGCGCCGCUGGUGAAGACGGAGAUCCAGUCCAGCUGGUACAAGGACGUGGAGGGCUGCGGCAUCCAGUGCGACAACCCUCUCUUCACGGAGGAGGAGCACGACGACAUGCACGCCUACAUCGCCUACUUCGGCACCAUCACGCUGCUCUGCACCUUCUUCACGCUGGCAACAUUUCUGGCCGACUGGAAGAACUCAAACCGCUAUCCAGCCGUCAUUCUCUUCUACAUCAACGCUUGCUUCUUCGUGGGCAGCAUCGGGUGGCUGGCCCAGUUCCUGGACGGGGCGCGGAAGGAGAUCGUGUGCAAGAGCGACAACACCAUGCGCCUGGGAGAGCCCUCCUCCUCGGAGACGCUCUCCUGCGUCACCAUCUUCAUCAUCGUCUACUACUCCCUGAUGUCCGGCGUCAUCUGGUUCGUCAUGCUCACCUACGCCUGGCACACCUCCUUCAAGGCUCUGGGCACCACCCACCAGCCGCUGUCCGGACGGACCUCCUACUUCCACAUGGUCACCUGGUCCAUCCCCUUCGUCCUCACGGUGGCCAUCCUCGCCAUCGCCGAGGUGGACGGAGACUCAGUGAGUGGGAUCUGUUUUGUGGGCUACAAAAACUACAGAUACCGCGCUGGAUUUGUGCUCGCACCUAUCGGAGUUGUGCUCGUGGUCGGCGGCUAUUUCCUCAUCAGAGGUGUCAUGACAUUGUUUUCCAUUAAAAGUAACCACCCUGGACUCCUGAGUGAGAAAGCCGCCAGCAAAAUCAACGAGACCAUGCUGAGGCUCGGUAUUUUUGGGUUUCUGGCCUUCGGCUUCGUCCUCAUCACCUUCGGCUGCCACUUCUACGAUUUCUUCAACCAGGCUGAGUGGGAGCGUAGCUUCAGAGACUACGUUCUGUGCGAAGCAAACGUGACGAUAGCGUCUCAGACCAACAAGCCGAUCCCAGAGUGCACCAUCAAGAACCGUCCCAGUCUGAUGGUGGAGAAGAUCAACCUGUUCUCCAUGUUUGGGACCGGCAUCGCCAUGAGCACCUGGGUCUGGACCAAAGCGACCAUCCUCAUCUGGAAGCGCACCUGGUGCAGGAUUAUUGGCCGCAGUGACGACGAACCGAAGCGGAUCAAGAAGAGCAAGAUGAUCGCAAAGGCGUUUGCCAUGAGGAAGGAGCUUCACAAGGACCCGGAGAAGGAGCUGUCCUUCAGCAUGCACACCGUCUCUCACGACGGGCCCGUUGCUGGAAUCAAUUUCGAUUUGAAUGAGCCGUCAAACGACGUGUCGUCGGCCUGGGCCCAGAACGUGACGAAGAUGGUGGCGAGGCGAGGGGCCAUCCUGCCGCAGGACAUCUCCGUCACGCCCACUGGCACGCCAGUCCCGCCUCCUGAGGAGAGGAACAAGCUGUGGACGGUGGAGGCGGAGAUCUCGCCGGAGGUCCUGAAGAGGAAGAAGAAGAAGAAGAGGAGGAAGAAGGAGGUGUGCCCGUCUGAAGAGGCUGGGGAUCAUCCGAUGUUUCACCAGCGUGAGUUCGGCCGCAGCUCCGUGCCCCGCCUCCCCAAGCUGCCGCGGCACCAGAGCCUGGUGUCGGGGCCGCAGCGGAGGCCGCAGAUGUUUGAGGACGACGACGGCCUGCCUGGAUCCUACCCCAGCUUCCCAGCGCCGCCAUUUCCGUCUUAUCAGAGCGGUCGCAGCUUGCUCUCCAGCCGGUUCCCGCCUCGCCAGUUCCACCCUCAGGAAUCGCCCCUCGACGCCGACCUCGCCGAGAGGCCCGCUCACGUGACCCGCGCUCCGGCUGGCCGGAGGACUAACCACGGGCCGGUCAACUCUCGCACGAACCUCAUGGAGGUGGAGCUCAUGGAUGCUGAUUCAGACUUUUAACCUGAGGCUGGUGCCGUAUGGAACGUAAGAUGCAAAAAGUGCUGGAUACUUUGACCCCUUACUGAGGUGCACCCCAAACUCUGUGUGACCGAGUUUAACCUUGGACACUCUAUAUGUAAAUACAGAAAAAAAGACGUUUUUGUUUACCGCAAAACAACACACUAGGCAUCGCAAGUUUGCUCCUGGAUUUUGAACCAAUGAUGGACAGGCGUUGUUCCCUUGGCAGUGCAAGGCUCCAGCUCCCCUGGCAAACUGGGAACCAGAGCCGAACUGUUCUUCACUUUGAUUUGAAUAUAGCUUUAUCUUGUUUUUUAUUUAUCUUUCUUAUUCACACACGUGCACUAACUCACCAAACUGUCACAUGAGGGAGUGGACGCCGACUCGGACACAACUUCCACUGGUGUCACUGAAAUAUGGCGACCGUCACAAGCAGUAUUUUCAUGUGACCUGCUUGUUGGGAAGAAUUAUUAACAUUGUAACUUUGUUGCUGGAAUUUAAAAGAAGGCUUUUCAGUUUAUUAUGUAGUUUUUAUAUUCUUGAUUCCAGAGCUAGUUCCACCCAAGCCUUCCUGUAGACACUGCUAUCCUUUUUAGCACCACACGGGGGCGGUCGCGAGCAGUGGUGGAGGAGCGCUAUGAUCAAAAUAAAGACGCCAUGAUCGAUGACUGAACAAGUUUUGAUCCAACACAAAGAUGGAGUUUGAAGUGUAGCUGUUCGAGUGAGACAGACUUGACCUUUGAGGCUGUACAAGCCAAGUGUUUUCCUGCGUUUCUGCCACUGCACACGACAACACGCAGCUCUCCACACACCUGGUUUGCCUCUUGAGUUUUUAAAUAUUUUAAAAGUUAGUCGAAUAUCUGUGUUGUUGAGUUUGUUUUUAUCCUCUGCUUUCAUCUGUGUAGUGUGUGUAUAUGCUGUCGGAUUCUCAAGGUCGCGUCGCGGCUCAGGAAAGGGAACCAGUCCUGCGACUGAAAGACCAGGCCCAACUGGUGCCGUGGGGCUCCAGCCGGGUCCGUCAGCAGCUCCUGAGUCCUGCACUCGAGUCGCAGUUCAGACCAAGUCUUGUGUUCUGUCUAAAUGUAAAUUAUUUCUCUUUGUGGAUUUUUAAACUUCUAGUGAGCAGCUAAACCCCUGACGUGUAAAUAAAGUU